GUUUUCGCGGUGACGCCUGUUAUCCGCCGCAUGGCAUGUGCGUAGAGGACUUGGAGAAUCGCUUGUCUCCUCAUCCCACCAGCCUUACCAGGUGAUAGAGAGGCGUCUUGGAGACGACGAUGCCGAGAAAAUCUGCUCGCAGGAAGGACGCCGAAGAGGAGGACGGGGUCCUUUCCAAGCAGAGAAGAGUGGACUGUGUGGAUGUCCCCUGUCCCCUUGACUUCAGCAGUCCUUCCAGCCUUUUCCAGAGCCUGAUCACCCCCCUAGAACGAGACCAGUUCUUCCAGGAGUACUGGGAGAAGAAGCCCCUGUUCCUCCAGAGGCGGGACCCAGAUGUGGCGGCCUACAGCCAGUCUCUCUUCAAGCUCUCUGAGUUGAAGGAGCUGUGUGGCUACGGCUUGGAGUAUGCCAGAGACCUCAACGUGUGCCGCUGUGUCAACGGCAAGAAGAAGGUGAUGAACAGGAAGGGCCGGGUGAUCUACAGCCAGCUGGAGAAGGACUUUAACCAAAGGAGAGCCACUAUACAGUUCCAUCAGCCGCAGCGGUUCAAGGAUGAACUGUGGCGUAUCCAGGAGCAGCUGGAGUGUUUCUUUGGCUGCCUGGUGGGUUCCAACAUUUACCUGACCCCACAGGAGUCCCAGGGGCUGCCCCCGCAUUAUGACGACGUCGAGGUGUUCAUCCUGCAGCUGGAGGGCGAGAAGCACUGGCGCCUGUACGAGCCCACAGUGCCCCUGGCACGAGAGUACAGCCUAGAGUCUGAGGAGCGUAUCGGCAGCCCCACCCAUGACAUCACACUCAAGCCGGGCGACCUGCUCUAUUUGCCCCGGGGAACGAUCCACCAGGCGGAUACGCCAGCAGGAGCUACCCACUCCACCCACCUGACCAUCAGUGCCUAUCAGAACAUGUCCUGGGGUGACUUCCUGCUCGAUGUUUUUCCAGGCUUCCUGUUUGACUCCAUGAGGAGCAACAUGAGCAUGAGGGCCGGUUUACCCAGGAAGCUCAUAAUGGAUGCCGGCCCGUUCACGGAUGUGGCCAAGCAGCUGUCGGGCUUCCUCAGGCUGCUGGCGGACAGGAUGGAAGAGGGUCGGGAGGAGUUGCGCUCUGCUGGAAUGAAGAGGGACUUCGUGUCCAACCGCCUGCCCCCUUACCUGCCAGAGGACACCGACGUCACUCAAGGUGGGGCAUUGGGCAAGAGAGGGAGAGACAGUAUUUUUCAGCCUGAUUGCCAUAGCAGUGAGGCUGACUGUUUGUUUAUCUGUGUGUGUGUGUGCGCAUGUGUAUUUGAGACAGUGGGAAGGAUGCCUGCACUGGAGGACACAGUUUUCCUGCGUUAUAAAGACCACGUAAUGGUGACUGUGGAGCCGAGCCAGGAGAGAACGGACAAGCCUGCAGAGAUGGUGGUCUAUGUAUUACACUCCCUGAAGAACAACAGGAAGACACACAUGAUGGGAGAGCGUGAUGAAGAGGACAAGGAGGACAUGUCAGAGAGCCACGGCCUCCGCUUUCCCAUCUCCCACCUGGCGGCGCUCAGGCAGCUGCACGGCGGAGAGCGCCACCCUGUGGCAGAGUUGCCCCUGUCCCUGCACUCAGAUAAACUGAGCCUGGUCCUGUCGCUGUGGAGUGAGGGACUGCUGGAAGUGUGUUAGGUCACGUGCUCACACUUUGCUCCGCUAAAUAGUCCUCCUCCACAUCGGUCUGCUUGAUACCUUGAAGCCUGUUCUGCAGUUCCACACCCUGCUGUCCGUGUGUAUGAGUGAGGAGAAAAUUAUUAGAAUUAUAAUAAUAAUGCUCAUUAAUUGUUGUACCCCACCUUACCUCUCUUAGUUUGAAUAGUAGUGGAUAUCCGCAAGCAUACAAAAACUGUAAAAUGAGUGAAUGACAGUUGUUUGCACAGUUAUUUUAUGUGAUACUAUGUAUAAACAUUAAGCAGUAUGGAAAGUGAAAAUAUUUUCAUAAAUGUUAAUCC